GUAGAGGUCCAUUUUCCAUUUUUAUCGUUCAACCUUCUUCAUAAAUACCUUAGCAAAGUUUAUAACCUUCCCUCAUAAGACUAAAAAGAAAAUUAAAACAACUUCUAUUUAUAAAUUUGCGUAUAAUAUAAUAAAUUGAAGAUGGCUGAAGAAUUUUGUGGAACAACAAAUUGGUGGGAUUCUACACCUACUAAUAGUAGGUUCGACGGCGGUGGCGGUGGCAGUGGCAGUGGCAGUGGCGGCGGUCGUGGUGGUUCUUCCUCUACUUCCUCCACCACCACGGUUGCCAACAACGGUGGUGGGCCCGGGUUCGGGUGGUUAACCGAUGGGCCCACUGGACUGGACACUAAAAUGGACUCUUCAUCAAUUCAGCUCGUAGGCCUAGGCCUUUCUUCUCAAGCCAUGGCAGAGUGGAAACAACAAUCAAGUGCCUUAUUGAGAAAUUCAGAAAAAGUUGAUAAUUCAUUUAGGUCUAUGCUACAAGAAGGUGGAAUGGGUUUAAACACAAACUUUCAGCAAGAUACAAAAGAAGGAGAACUUAUAUUUGGUAGAAAUAAUAAUAAUAAUAAUAAUAAUAAUAAUAAUAAUAAUGAUAAUAGUAACGAAAAUGAUAAUUCUUCGGAAAUUCAGCAAUGGAGAGAAAAAUUAUAUCAAGGUAGUGAAAAUUCAUGUUCGGAUUUUAAACAAAUAGGGCGUGAAUUUUCGUUGGAUAAUCAUCAACCGCAGUUUUCUCCGAGUGGUAGCUCGAUAGAAAGCACGGUGACAUGCCAAGGGUUAGUGGCGCCCUCAAAUUUUCAACUCGAUUCAACUUCAACUAGCUCGGUUUUUGGAAGUCCAUCAAGUCUCCUACAAGGCCUAAAUAUGGGUGGUCCGGAUCAACAACAACUUAAUAAUCAUUUUCAACAAAAUUAUUUUGGUAUUGGUGUUACCAAUGAUUAUCAAUCACAAUUGUCAUCUUCUUGGCCAAAAGAUCCUCAAUUUCUUAGAGCUUCUUCUCCUAAACAACAUCAACUUCAAUUUAUCAACAAUACACCCUAUUGGAAUGCUUCAACUCCAUUAAAUGAUAUGAGACCAAGUUUCUUUUCAUCCUUGCAAGCUGCCCAAUUGCCUAACAUGCCUACAUUUGAACAAAAACCUAAGACUGCAAUGGAGGCAAGAGAUACAAGUUCAAUGGCGAAAAAGAGUAAUUCAGAGAAUAAUCCUAAACGAACGAGGGACGCUGCUUCUUCAACUUUGCCACCAUUUAAGGUAAGAAAAGAGAAGAUGGGGGACAGAAUCACUGCUCUUCAACAAUUAGUUUCACCUUUCGGGAAGACUGAUACUGCCUCAGUCCUCUCUGAAGCUAUUGACUAUAUCAAGUUUCUCCAUGAACAAAUAAGUGUUUUAAGCAACCCAUACCUCAAAAGUGGAGGCUCCUACCAACAUCAACAAAGUAACGAAAAGGCAAAGAUAGAUACAAACAGUCCAAAGCAAGAUCUAAGGAGUAGAGGAUUAUGCUUGGUACCCGUUUCUAGCACAUUUCCUGUAACACAUGAAACUACGGUAGAUUUUUGGACACCUACAUUUGGAGGAAAAAAAAUCAUUUCGUAGAACUUAUUCUAAUUGAUAUACGAUGGUGAAAAAAGAGAAAAAGGAAGUAUAUAUCUCAUAUUUGGAAUCUCCCUAUAGAAGUUGAUUGAUAGAUUGAUCAAGGGUGAAAAAGAAAGCAGAUUUUGAUAUAAAAACGUAAAAAUGAUUUGUAUAAAAAGGUUUCAACUUUAGGAUUUGCAAUCUAAAAGUAUAGUAUUUGUCAACGGUAAUAUUUCAAAUUGAUUCAUUUUGAUUUGUGUAGCAAUCUAUCAGAUUGCUGAAAUUAAGGUUUUAACAAGAACGAUGAAGAAAAAGCUAAAUAAUAUGGAGAAAAGAAGUUGUGAAUAUGGAAAAAAAGAAAGGAAUAUGGCUUUCAAUCUAAUGAAUAGACAUACAUGGACCAAGUGAUUAAGCUAAAGAAAAGAUGAAAAAAAAAAAUCAUGACUAUCUUGGGGGACCAUGAAGCAAAGCUAAAAGGGCUAUGGAGAAAAUAUUUUAUUAUUUUUAAUUUGUAAUAAUUGCAUGGUUAUUAUUAGUUUUAAUUGUUUUUAGUUAGCGUUAAGGUUGGUUAAUUAAUUAGGGUUCCUUGAACAAGGAAAAUUUGAUAGGAAGUAGUAGAAAGUUUAGCAUUAAAUUUUUAUUAGUUUUGGAUGAAGAUAUUAGCACUCCAUGAAAACAAAAUGAGUAAAUUCAUAUAUGUCACUAUUACAAAUAUUACAAGUUUGGGAGUGCUAAAAUCCUCAUGCAAUUUGUUAAUUGUCAAACAAAAUACUAAUAUUUUAUUUAUUAUCGACAAAAGAUCAAGUAAAGUUAUUAAUUUUUUCACAAAAAUAUUGUAAAUUUUUUCAAGUGUCUGCAUAGCAUAUUUA